UUUUUAAAAAGAGAGAGAGGGUAACACGUUUGGAAAAAGUAGAAGAGAAGAGAAGUUUGAUUGAUUCGAGCAGAGAAGGUGAAAAGGCAAAAAACAAUGGGGAAGGAUUUAAGCGAGGAGCAAGUUUCGGCGAUGAAGGAAGCGUUCACGCUGUUCGACACGGACCGCGACGGUCGGAUCGCGCCAUCGGAGAUUGGGAUCCUGAUGCGCUCUCUGGGCGGGAAUCCGACCCAGGCCCAACUAAAGUCCAUCGUGGCCGAAGAGAGCCUCACCGAACCCUUCGAUUUCCCGCGCUUCCUCGAUCUCAUGGGGAAGCACAUGAAGGUCGAACCCUUCGAUCGCCAGCUCCGCGACGCCUUCAAGGUCAUCGACAAGGAAUCCACCGGCCUCGUCUCCGUCACCGAGCUCCGCCACAUCCUCACCAACAUCGGCGAGAAGCUCGAGCCCUCCGAGUUCGACGAGUGGAUCAAGGAGGCCAAUGUCGUCUCCGAUGGUAAGAUCCGUUACGAAGAUUUCAUCGCCAAAAUGGUCGCCAAGUGAGAUCCCAUUUCCAAUUCAUUUUCCUUUCUUUCUUUCUUUUUCAAUUCAAUUGAAUUGGAAUGGAAUGCGCUAUCGUUAAUUUCUCCUUUGUUGUUUCUUUACUUUAGUGAACCAAUCGAUUAACCCACUUAUGCUAAAUUUUUAAUAUAUAUAUUUUUUGUUGUUUAAUUAUUUUUAGUUUUUAUGAGUU